AUGUAUCGACGCAGCGACCCUCGCUUCCGCCGUACCAUCAAUGAAAUCUCCCAGACCAUCGAGAGCGCCAACGAGUCCGCCCAGGCCAACAUCUUUACCUUUUCCCACAGAUACCUUGGUCCUUGUUUCUCAUCCGUCGGGAACUGCUUCCAAUCUUGCUCCUCCUGCCUUCCAUGCUGCGACGACCACCUACAUCGAAGUCGCGCCCGUACACGUCCUCGCCCCGAGCUGAGCUUCGACUUCUAUGACGACUGGGAUGACGACGAAACCGCCGGCCUGCUGGCAUGGGACAAUGAUGACUUGCAAGCAUACGGCGCCCCUGCUAUAUCUGACCAACCCGCCCGGGAGCGUGCCAUGAGUUAUGGCGCCCGCCGGGACAAGUAUGGCCGUCGCAAGAGUCAGCCGAGGGACGACCCAGAAUCGGACCCUACUCUCAUUCCUGCCUCGUCCUAUUUUGGCUUCCUCGGCAGAUUCUCUAGUAGACUUACUGGAGCCAAGACUCUACGCUACAAGCCCUCCGCAGCCGAUUUACAAGAACAUCCUGGCGCCUCGAGGCACAUGCCUUCGCUUACCGAGGAGGGUGAUGAUUUUUCUCCUAGAAAGAGAAGCAAUACCGCCGGAAGCAACGGCACCGCCGACUCUUUCAGCUCGAGAGGUGAUCUCUUCCCAAGCGAAGACGAGGACGAUGCUCGCGAACUCGAUGAUGAAUUUGCCAUGGUCCUCGAACGUCGUACCACAGGCGCUGGACUAGAAGAUGUAGACAACAACGGUAAACCUCGCCGGCCGGGGAAGCGUCCAAGCACCGGUUCUAGGUUAUCGACGCGGACCAUGUCAAGUAGAAGCACACGCAGCUCGAAACGGCGGUCUCGUGCAGCUAGCGCUUCGCCAUCAAAGGCAGCUACUGUGGAGCCCAAGCCCAUACCAUCUCUCACAGAGCUCAAACAUGAAGAAGACAGGUUACGAGAAGAGGAAGAAGCCGCCAUCGCUAGUAAGAGAGACGCUGCCCGAGGUCUUGCACUGAAGCGAGGGCUGAGUGUCAAUGGAUCGUCAGCCGUGACUUCUGUCUCAACGUCCGGAGAACUUAAGCCUGCGGUGAGUCCUGAUAUCACCCAGGACGUGCGCAAUGACCGGAAUUUGGAGCAAAAGUCACCACUGAUUCCCGAAUCGCUGGAGAAUGACAAGGUAACGAAUAAUGACACGGUUCCUUUCCCAAUCUUCAACCCGGAAGAGAUGGCAGCGACAGAGGACGAACCCGAAUUCGUGCCAGCGCAGUUACCACGGUUCACGGGCUCAUGA